UGUUAAAAUAACAAAACGUUAUAUUAUGAACGCGUUGUUACGAAACGUAACGUCACGUUGACAUUGACAUUUGCCUAUGUCGACAGCAGCGGCGGAGCGCAGACGUGUCGAAUAUUUGCGAAUCGAAUUUAUUCGAAAAAUUAUUAUUACACGUGUUAUUUAUUUUAUUAAGAUUAUGUUGUUAAAUAGUACAGUGUAAAUAAUUUUGUAGUGAACUAGUUAUUCGAAUAAUAAACUCGAAUGACGUUAAAAUCUCGCUACAACAGCAGUGGCCAAAUGAUGUAAACAAAGAAAUUAUUCAGUGAAAACAAUGUGUUCUAGUGUAAACGUUUCAGUUGAAUGAAGGGGUGUUUAGUUAGCGUUUUAAACACUAUACGGAGGACUUUUAAAAUGACUGGUGUGAACAGAGACGCCCCUUUUGGAACACAGUGUCUGCAGAGGCUUUGCAACAAAUUGUGCCCCCGAUGGCAAUUCAACAGACUAAGAUGUUAUCAGGCGAGCGUGCUAGUCCUCACAUUCCUGACGUACAUGACCUACCAUCUGACCCGCAAGCCCAUCUCCGUGGUGAAGAGUGUUCUGCACAGGAACUGCAGCACGCUGGUGCCGCCGCCUGGAGUAGACCCGGCUAACGAGGAUUGGUGUGAUUGGCCGCCGUUCAACACUGAUGACGCUAACACGUUACUGGGAGCGUUGGAUUCAGCGUUCCUAUUUUCAUAUGCCGGCGCCAUGUUUGUUUCCGGCAUGGUGGCAGAGCGAGUGGAUCUCCGGUAUUUCCUAACGUUAGGCAUGUUGAUAUCUGCCCUGUUCUGCUACAUGUUCGGAGUGGGCUACACGUACUCUGUUCACAACAUGACAUACUACUUGAUAGCGCAGGCAGGCGCGGGCGUGGCGCAGACCACGGGGUGGCCGGGCACCGUGUCCGUGCUGGGCAAGUGGUUCGGCACCGGCAAGCGAGGGCUCAUAUUCGGCGUAUGGAACUCGCAUACCUCCAUAGGGAAUAUAUUGGGAACAUUACUUGCGUCGGACUACGUGGAGGGCGACUGGUCGCUGUCGUUCAUAUACCCCGCGCUGGCGAUGGGCUGCGUGGCCACACUCGUGUUCCUGUUCCUGCCGCCGGAACCAAAACAUGUGGGCAUUGUGCUACAACCGACGGACAACUGUCCGUCCCGACAAUCGCGGUCUGAUGAUGAAGAGGAACCUCAAGUUAUCGUUGGGGACCAGGCUGCCAGCUUGAGGCCCAAUAGACAUUCAGCCAACAACCCACCGUACCAAGCCAGUGAGGACGCGACGGAAGAGACCGCCCUCCUCCGCCGGCCCUCUCACUCGCACGCUGGCGCCGUCUCGCUCACUCGCGCGCUGGCCAUCCCCGGCGUGGUGGAGUUCUCCCUGUCUCUGUUUUUCGCUAAACUGGUCAGCUACACGUUCCUGUAUUGGCUGCCAUUGUACAUCAAUACUAGUACUAGUCUGACGCCGCGCGAGUCGGGUCUGCUGAGCACGGUAUUCGACGUGGGCGGAGCCGCGGGCGCAAUACUAGCGGGGCUGCUCGCGGACCGCAGCGCCAGCCCCGCCACUGUGUGCGGCGCGUUCUAUCUGCUGGGGGCGCCUGCGCUUCUCAUAUACCAAUGGUGGGGCGCCACCAGCUACUGGCUGAACGUAUUCCUGCUGGUGGUGGCCGGCGCGCUGGUCAACGGGCCCUACGCACUCAUCACCACCGCGGUCAGCACUGAACUCGGCACUCACUCGAGCCUGGCCGGCGAUGCGCAGGCGCUGGCCACCGUCACUGCCAUCAUCGACGGCACCGGCAGCGUCGGCGCGGCGGUGGGCCCCAUGCUGGCCGGCGUGGUAUCGGCGGGGGGGGACUGGGCGCGAGUGUUCUACAUGCUGGUGGGCUGCGAUGCGGCCGCACUGCUACUGUUACUGAGAAUAGUGAGAUCCGAAUUAAGGAAGCUGCGGCAGGAGAGGAGAGGCACUCGCGCCGUGCGGAUAGAGUGAGGAGAGAACACAAGAUAGAUAAAUCAUAUUUGUAUAAUGUACAUACAUACAGUAUAUUAAAUCAAUAUUGUGACAUACAAUCAAUUUGUAAAUUAAUUAAAAUAAAAUAUACAGAGAUAAGUUCACGCG